AUGGCUGAAAAUAAUACAUCCUCGACUGAAGUACAUUUACAUAAACCUGAUGAACAAGUCAUUCAUGGCGAAAGUCAUCAACAAAGAGAACAAAUAAUUAUUGAAAAUCCAAAUGCUACUCAUCAUGUAGAAGAUAUUCAUGUUACAUUUAAUAAUCCACAUCCCAUACCAGUUGAAAAUAAAACUGAAGAAAUUAAAGAUAAAGCUAAUGAAGUAAUUGAUAAAACACAACAUACAUUGAAUGAAGCAACUAAUAAAACUAGUGAACAUGCAACUGCUGCUGCUCAUAAUGUUCAGGAACAAGCAAAAGAAACUGCUGAAAAUGUUCAAGAAAAAACAAGUGAAAUAGCUGGUGAUACGAAAGAUGCAGUUAUAGCUGGCGAAAAAGCAGCUGAAGAAAAAUUAGCUGCAGCUAAAGAUACAGUUCUAGAAAAAUCAAGUGAAUUAGUUGAUAGUGCUAAACAUACUGCUCAUGAUGCAAAUGUUAAAUUACAUGAAUUAGAAAAAUCAGCUGAACAUAAACUUAAAGAAAGUAAACAAGCAAUUGGUGAAAAAGCAUCGGAAGCUAAAGCUAAAGGUGCUGGAAUACUUGGUGCAACACAACAUGCAUUUACUACCGGUGCUGCACGUGUUACUGAAAAAGUUAAACAUGGAAUAGAAUUAGCAUCGAAUGCUGCGCAUGGUAAAUCACAUGAAUCAGAAAAAACAAUUGAACAUAAAUUAGAAGCAGCUGAAAAAAUGGCUGAAGAAAAUAAACAAACACUUAAUGAAAAAGCAUCUGAAACAAAAGCAAAAGGUGCAGGAAUACUUGGUGCAACACAACAUGCACUUUCUACAGGUGCUUCAAUUGUUACUGGAAAAGUUAAACAUGGAAUAGAAUUAGCAUCGGGUGCUGUUUCUCAUGGUAAAUCACAUGAAUCAGAAAAAACAAUUGAACAUAAAUUAGAAUCAGCUGAAAAAAUUGCCGAACAAAAAACUGAAGAAAACAAACAAGUACUUAAUGAAAAAGCAUCUGAAACUAAAGCUAAAGGUACUGAAAUACUUGGUGCAACACAACAUGCACUUUCUAGUGGUGCUGCAGUUGUUACUGAAAAAGCUAAACAUGGAAUAGAAUUAGCAUCUGAUGCUGCUUCGAAUGUUAAAGCAGCUACAGGACAAUUAGCAGGUGAUGCACAAGCAAAAGUUAUUGAAACUGCUCAUAAUGCUCAGGCAAAAGCUAGCGAAUUAUUAACAACCGUUGAAACAAAAGCUGCUGAUGCUGCUAGUGCAAUUGCUACAAAAACUGUCGAAGCAAAAAAUACUACUGUAGCAGCUGCACAAACUGCAACAUCGACAAUUCAAGAAAAAACAAGUGCUCUUUUGGAUAGUGGUAAACAUGUAUUAACAUCUUCAACUCCAUCUCAAUCUGCACCAAUAGUACCUACUAGUACGGAUCAUAUUACACAAGAAGCAUAUGUUACUCAAACAUCUGCUCUAACUGCUCAUGGUCCAGAACCAAUUACAGCUGAACAAGUCGCACCAACUACAACAAAAGCUAGUAGAGGUGGUCCAUUAGCUGCAAUUCGUAAUUUUUUUAGUCGUUUAUUCAGUCCAUUAUCACAUAGACAUGAAGAACAACGACAAGCUAAUACUAAUGUUGCUAGUCAGACAAUUGAAACUACAACAACAGUUGCAACAAGCAAUCCACCAAUAUUAUCAUGA